UGUUUUCCGAGUGUUCAUAUCACGUGAUCUUUGCCAGACCUAUUUCACGGUACUGUAUUUACAAAGGGAACAGUGGGUUAAAUGUGUGUCAUUUCUUACACUGGCACAGCCAUGAGCGGGGCACUGACAAUUUUCCUGCUGCUUCUGGGGGCGUGUGCUGUGUCAGGUUAUGGAGAAUACCGGAAGCGCCUUCCAAAUGGCGAACGGGUCCCUCAUCCCUGUCGGGCCAACUUCUACUGGCAUGGCGUGGGUCACAUCAACGCUCUUGGUGGAGGAAACCGAAACGACUUUGGCAAAGACUUCGCUUCUCAAGGUCACAUGUGGACACAAGAUUUGUGCCGUUUAGAUUCUGAUGGUGACGGUAUGACCAACGGCCAAGAGCUGGGUGACCCGAACUGCGUGUGGACUGCAGACAGUGGUAAUCUCCCCUCACGGACAACCGACAUUACUCACCCAGGUGUGUGUGACCCUUUUGACUCCCCUGCCUGUCAAGCGAAGAAUGCGUGGGUUUCGUGUAAAGGGUCAGAACUGGAGUGCGAUGCUCUCAACGCACCAGAUGUGAGGAACUUCACAAUCCGUUUCCCCGAAACCGACGUGCCCGCCGAGGACACCACCUACAUCUGCAUGAUCUUCGACGUCCCCUCUGACCAGGACUACCACUACAUUGGAAGCAAGCCUCUCAUCGACAACGACAACGUCAUGCAUCACGUCGUAGUCUACGGCUGCUCUGACACAUCAGAGGAACUACCAACAGAACCAUACAAAUGUGGUAUGGAUGCUGGGAAGGGAUGCACAGGGAGUCUAGGGGCUGGGCAGUUGGGUCUCCUGGAGAAUGCCUCAAUGACAACUUUGGACUAGUUUUUGGAAAAUCAA